GUGACCUGGAUUUAAAAGUUACAGAACUAUCGCGAGAGGAAAGCCACUGCGUAGUCUCGUGAACCAGGGUAUCUCGCGAGAAAAAAGCAUCCCGCACUUCCUUCCUGGAGCCCAGCCGAGGGUUCGCGGCUGCUGUGGGGGCGGGCUUUCUGGAACCAUGCCGUCUCCGUUUUCCGUGAGCUCCUUCCCAGACAGCAUUCCCGCGGUCAUCACGACAGACUGGACUGAACCAUGGCUGGUGGGGCUCGCUGUCUUCCAUGUGCUCUGCCUGCUCCUGACCUGUGCCUCCUCCCAGAGCUACAGAUUGCAGAUUGGGCAUUUUCUGUGCCUUGUGAUUUUGGUCUAUUGUGCAGAAUACAUCAAUGAGGCGGCUGCGAUGAACUGGAGAUUAUUUUCAAAAUACCAGUACUUUGACUCCAGGGGGAUGUUCAUUUCCAUCGUGUUCUCAGGACCGCUGCUGUUGAACGCCAUGAUCAUCGUGGUCAUGUGGGUGCGAAAGACGCUUAGCGCGAUGACAGACCUGAAGAGCCUUCAAGAGAAGAGCAAAGAGAAGAGGAGGAGGAAGGAGGAGUGAAGCACGGCCGCCUCCUGUGCCUGUCGGCUGCCCUGCAUCCUCGGCCCGGAUCCCAGUGCCAGCAGCUCCAGUGUGAGAAACCGCCUCUCAUCCCCACAGCCGAGCACGGAGCAGCAUCUUCAGUGCCAGGAUCUCUGGGUGGCUGUGGGAAGGGUUUCGCAGAGUUUCAUGACUUGGAGUUUGAUGUGAAGACAUCCACGUUGUUCAUGGACUCAUUACAGAGUGUGCAGUGAAUGUGCGUCUGUGAAGCUGGGUGAUAAAUGGUGCUGCCUCCCCUCGGCUCCCCGACUCGUCAUGCUGGACACUGCAGUGGGUCUCAGCAGAGGGCAAUUUUCCUUCCAGGAGACAGGGCAAAGCCAGGUGACACUGUAGGUUGUUGCGGGUGGGAGGCGUCCUUGCAUCAGUUGAGGGGCUGGGGGUGCUACCACCACAGGCAGCACGCAGAAUGCCCCACAUGGGGGAGGAUGCCCCUUGACACCUGUAAGGCAGCUUCUCAAAAAACACGAUAUCUGAAGUUAACGAAAUCCCAAUGAAGCUUCGUCUACUCAAAGUUAAGAGCCCCGUCACUGAAUCACUUAAGAAUAUUGAAAUAAAAUGGAAGCCCAUAUAGUCAGGAUUCUGUGGAAAAGAAUAUGUUGAAUGAGCCUUUUGAUUUUCCUAUGCAAAAGUGAACAUUUAACCAUUUCACCUAAUGCAUUUCUGUGGCAGAUGUAAAGCGCAAUUGUGGUCCUUCCCGAGCAGCGUGGCUCUUUGGCAGUUGGGGUGCUUAGGAGCAGGACCCCUGCUGGGAGAGGUGUGCAGUGACUCUGACCCCGCUUCUAAGCAGCCCACACCCAGGACACUUGUUCCUGGCCAAUUUGUAGCUUGAGAACAGCAGGUAGUUAGAGACCCAGAUUUUUAAAAAAACAAUGUUAGGAGGAAAUGACACUGUGCAUUGUGUUCACAGGCCUGAUCAUGCCUUUCUGAAAAGCACCAAUUCCAAAUGUUUAAUGUUUGGGAGAGUUCACUGCAUCACAAGGUAGUUUUGCAGAAAGUGCAAGUGAACGCAUGGUGCAGCCUGGUGUGGAAUGUCCAGGAUGCCUGGACUCGGCCACCAGCUCAAUGUCCUGUCUCGAGCCCUCAGGACUGAGGCAGACGGUGAACAGUGGGACAGGAUGUGAUGGGCAGUUUGCGAUGCUGCCUGCAUCCUGGCCUCCCCUGCACUGCUCCUUGUGCACCUGACUCAGGUAAUGCAGCAGGAACUCAGGGCUUGUAGGCACUUUGUAAAGAUAGUGUGAUACUUUCAUCGAUGGUGUACUACCCUGUUUCCUCGAAAAUAAGACAUCCUCUGAAAAUAAGACCUACUUGCAGGAAAGAUAAGACGUCCCCUGAAAAUAAGACAUAGUGCAUCUUUGGGAGCACGCCUGUCUUAUUUUCGGGGAAACGGUACCUGUACUGUGCCAUCUGAGUCUCAGUUUCCUGUGAUAAAACUCAAGCUGCUGGCUUUGCACAAACUUUAUAUUCAUGACCAACACAGGUGUGUGUGGGUGGGGUGGGGGGGAAUGGUUACAUUUUGUUUUCAUAAAAACAAACCACACUGUUUUUAACUGUUCAGUAUUCAGCACCUUACGUUGCAGUAUUAACAAGUGCCUGAAUGUUUUGUCCUCAUCCUGGGGAAAGUCCUACAUUCCAAAAUCACCUGCAGACCCCUGAGUGAUGUGUAAGAGAGCAGGUGUCACCUCACUCUGUGCUGUGUCCACAUCUGUCAGGGGGAGCAUCACAGGUGGUCUUUUUAUCUGCUCAUAUAAAACUAAUGUUUUUACUCUGUAUAUAGACAAUGAGGAAAGGAGAGUGAUGACUGAGGAAAUACUUUGUGCAUUCCAUAUGCAUGACACCUUAAGUGCACCAACUGCUGUGCAGUAAAAUCUUUCCCUAAUAGUGUAUAGUAUAUUUUCCCCCAAAUUGUGUAUUCAUCUUGCAUCUUCCUGUAAGUGCAGACAGCAGUGCCCUGGAGUGUCCUGCACCCUGGGGGGUCCCUGCUUCAUCUCUGUGCUCUGCAGGCUGGGAGGGUUGGCCGCGCCCUGGCCAGGAGAAGGCCACAGCUCAGCAUGGACUGUGCAAGUCAGAAGGGAAAGCGUGAAACCCGAGCCAUGGCCUGUUAGAGUGACAAGGGAAUGUUGACAUGCUCUCUCUCUUUACAAAAAUGAAUGUGGAUAUCUAAUUUGAAAGUCAUCUCAUUAAAUAUCUUUCAUUUUAAAAGAAUUAUUUUCUCUAAUAUUAAAAAUAUUAUUCUUUUGGGGUGGCGCCUGUGGCUCAGUGGGUAGGGCGCCGGCCCCAUGUGCCGAGGGUGAUGGGUUCAAACCCGGCCCCUGCCAAACUGCAACAAAAAAAUAGCCGGGCACAUUGUGGCGGGAGCCUGUGGUCCCAGCUACUUGGGAGGCUGAGGCAGGAGAAUCGCCUGAACUCAGGAGUUGGAGGUUACUGUGGGCUGUGAUGUCACAGCACUCUACUGAGGGUGACAAAGUAAGACUCUGUCUCUACAAAAAAAAAAAAUAUUCUUUCAAAAAAAAUUUUUUUUUGGUAAAGCUUUCCUAACAGUAAUAGUAAAGAACAGUUUAUACUGGCGGUGGCACCCAUUGCUCAGUGGGUGGGGCGCCAGCUGCAGACAUCAAGGCUGGCAGGUUCAAGCCCAGCCUGGGCCAGCUAAAACAAUGACAAGUGCAACAACAACAACAAAAUAGCCAGGUGUUGUGGCGGGCACCUGUAGUCCCAGUUACUUGGUAGGCCGAGGAGGAGAAUCGCUUGAGCCCAGGAGUUGGAGGUUGCUGUGAGCUGUGACGCCACUGCUCUCUACCCAGGGUGAUAGCUUAAGACUCUGUCUCAAAAAAAAUAAAUAAAUAAAACAGUUUAUACAAAAAAUUGUGACUACUGCAAUUUCAAAUAAAUUUAAUUUUCCCACAAAGUUCCACACACACAUAAAAAUGGAAAGUAAAUGUACAGAGGAGCUGCAGGCUGAUAGGUACGGACAUUGCCAGCCACCAAGCCCUCAGUCCCCGAAUGAGCUGGCCGGGUUCCUGUCUCCUCGCAGGCUGGUCUCCCCAUGUUGUGCAGAGCACACAUCAUGUGCAGCUGCCCAUCUGCGUGUGUGGACUGGGGAUGGUGAGGAGCCACGUAACGUGUUCUCUGGUCAGGACAGCGGGAUGCGUUAUCUGUGUGUCUAUAUGGUAGAUUUACCCAUGACCCUUCAUCAUGAAUGUGUGCUGGUUACACAGUGUGCUCUGAUUUCAGGGGCAUGAAACCUUCACAAAGACCACCAGCAGGACUCAGGACUCUCAGGCCGGGUGUCUGGGUGUCCUGUGCCAUGGGACACAACGUGGGACGUGCUGCCAGCAGGAGGCCCCGCGCCCCUGUGCUGGGGUGUGUGGGGCAGUGCUGGUGUGAAGUGCCUGCCAACCACCUCUCCUGUGCUCGCGGGCAGUCCCUGAGCAUCUGGUUGUGGUCUGGGGCAGCAGAUUUGGAGAGUAAGUUGCACUGUGUUGUGGAGUAAGUCCUGCUGGGCUGGCCCCUACGACUCAGGCACUAACAUCAGAAGGAAAUCUAAGGGAAUUAAGGAAGGGGAGCA